AUGGCCUGGACUCAUAAAUCGAACGACCUCGGUUUUGACAGGCAUAAGCAUCGCAUACCGAAGGCCCGUGGGACUUCUGCAAGUGGCCUCGAGCUACAUAUCAACAACCUUGGAAGCCGGAAUGGGAGCUUUGACUUGGAUUCACAACAGGAAUGGGAACCAGCAAUUAUGGAAGGAGGAGAGCGCGAACAUAGGCGAAUUCCAUCGUCGUCGUCGACGUUGCACUUCGGCGCAGCAGAAAGGCUGGAGAGCAAUGUGAAGCCUCAGCAUGUGACGUGGAUGUCUCUUCCUCGAAAAGACCAGCUGGCCAUGUUCUGGCGUUCCUUUGGUGGAGCUAUCAGUGGUAUGGUUGGAAUUAUCCGGACCAUGAUAGUGGAAAAUAUCAGGAAGAAAAACUACCAGUCAAGAGCCUUUUCGAUUCUACCAAUCGGAUUUAAUAUUGCUUCCCUAUCCGGGACAGUUAUGGGCGAUUUCCUGGCCGAUCCUGUCACUAGUUACCCACGACUUUUUGGAGAAAAAUUGACUUUUGGAGACAAUGCUGGAGUCACGUUGUUGAAAAAGUAUUUUUUUGCGCUCCUAAUGCUUUUAAAUACCGUUCUCAUGACUAUUUUGCUGGGUACUGUCCAUGGCAUUAUUGGACAGUCGGUUUCAUCCGCAUUCCGCACAGUUGGCCCAGUUUUUGCGUGGUCAUGGUAUGGUCUGGGGCUCGAAAUUGGUAGUUAUGGUGGGAUUGGCAUUGGGCUAGUGGCGGUUGUCUCAUGUCUUGGAUGCACAGCGGCAUUUUGGGUUUAUGAGGGGUCAGGCCACGAAAUAAUUCUGUCUGGAGAAGAAGAGCAGUUAGCACUAUGGAGUCUCACUCCUUCGCAAUUUUAUUAG